CAGCUUGUAACACUCAAUCACAGAGACAUACCUGCCUUUCCACCCUUCUACUGGACACUCUUGCAGAGCUGGCUUUUCGCUAGAGAAGUCUAUCGUCCAAAGAGCAGCAUUUUUCAGGCCUUCAAAAUUUUGCAUUCUUUGUUCUGUGCUUGUGCUGUUCGGCAGCCGCCUCGGAAGAUCAGCUUCUUCUGGCAGUGCUCAUAGCCAAGCCCCCAGAGCCAAAACAACAGGGCUCAGAUAAACAGCUGCAAUCCGGGAUGCAAAAAUACCUGUCCGCGAAGGACUUGGUCCCCUUCUUCUCGUUGGCUGGAGGUUUCUUUAUCGCGGGAAUGUCGUGCAGCCAUUGGUUGUUUUACAUGGAGCUCGAGAAGUACAAGGAGGAGACCAGGCUGGAGAAGAAGAGCAGCGAGGCGAGGAAGAAGCUGGAGAGGGAGCUGGAUGAGGCGAGAUAUGAGCUGGAGAAGAAGGCCAUGGAUGACAAGUAUCGCCAGGAGCUGGAGAAGACGGAGCUCAAGAUGCAGGCCGCCGUAGGAGACUCGCUCUCCCGAAUGGCGUACAACAAUGACCAAGUGGAGUUCCGUAAAAGGUUUAUGGAGAACUUCAAGAGGGACAUGGAUAGCAAGAAGAAGGAGGAUGAGCUGCCCUAGAUGUGCGGUGGUGCUCGGGGUACCGGUAUGUCUGCAGGCUUGUAAGAAAGAUUAUUUAUGACGGGGAAAUAGACUUGCAUGUGUAGAUCUUUUGAUAUUCCUCGCGAGGUUGGGGUUUGGAACCGGCGCUCUGCGUUAACUGUUGAAGCUUUUGUUGCCUUGAAGUCCUCCCCGCCCUCCUUGGACCAGUGCCUUCCGCGACGCGGCAGGGCUCGGCCCAGGUUGAGGUCGCUGCAGCACAUGAUGGGAUGCGGAUGGAGGAGAGCCGAAGCAGAUGGAGGAAGAUCUUUAGACGUGGUCAUGCCGCCCACGGAUGUAGGAGGAGCCCUGGACGUGGGUUAGGUGUCGCCCCUGUUAUCACACGGGCUGUCGGGUUUAAGCGCCUCUGGCGCACUUCUGGUCUUCCAUGUUAGGGAUCUGUGGGCGUCCAUGUCGGGGGAUAUCACUCCACGUUGAUGGCCUCAAAGGUAUCUCGCACUUUUGCCGUACAGCCGUCGGUGCUUUUAGGUCGCGCAGCACCCUGGCUAGGGUGCUGCACUGCGCUCACAUAACAGAGGCAUGGCGUCAGGCGGUUCCCUUCCGUUGCCUCCGCCGUUGCCCUUGCCGCUACCGCCGCCGCCGCCGCUCAUGCCGCCAAGUCGCACCCGAAGCAUCGGGUAGCAGCUAGCGAGCUUCGGCGGCGGCAGCGGAGGAUCAAGACUCAGCAAUGGCGGCGGCGUCGCGGGCGACGGCGGCGACAAUGGCGGCGGCGGCGGUCGCAAGCGUGGCGGCAUGGGCUUCGGCAGCGGCCGUUCACGUCGCAUGGGCGGCGGCGGGUUGCUGGUGCGUUCGGAUAUCAAGAGCGAUCUGACGGAGGCACUGAAGAUUCCGCCGGCCUUGCAGGUGGCGCUAUGGGUGCGACUGCGCGUGCUCAUGCCGCUGCUGCCGCUCAUCUACAAGGACCGGGAGUCCGACCCGCGCCGCAACCUGCGAUGCCAGCUGGUGCCCGCGCUGCUUCAGCUGCUCGCCUCGCACCUGCUGUGGAGCCAGCCGCAGCCCAGCACUGCCGCUGCCACCCUAACCGGAACUGGCGGAGUUGCCGCAGCUGCUGACGUGGCGUCGGCAAAGGGGGGUUAGGCGGCGCUCGCGGCUGCUCCCGGCGCCGCUGCGGCGCUGGCUGGGGAGGCGCUUCAUGAGCGGUUGCUGCACGUGCUGAGUGCGCUGGUGUGUGACCAGUGGGCCUCAUGGCUCAAACCACCGGGGCUGAAGAAGCUCAAGGUGGGUGUGGGCAAGGGAGUGUUAUCGAGAAACCCGGCCGCGAGUGUGUUUCCAGUAGUAAGAGGGAGAGGGUGUAGGAGGGGAAGCGGUACGUUGUGCCUUGUAACGUGUGCCUUGGCGUGCUGGAGAGGUGCUUCCAAAUCCGCUGCCGUCGUUACGCGCCUUGUGGUGGUUCCCCCGAUCUGCCUGCCUGAGCGCGACCUCAAUGCGACUCCCAUGUCACUGCAUCAGUGUUGCUAUCAUGUAUUCUAGCGACGAAAUUUUUGAAGGUUUUGCUAUUUCCGACGAAAUUCCUAGGGGCUAUUUCGUGUGAAGAAUCGGCGCCGGAAAAUUUCGUCGCCAGCCAAACUAAAAUUUCCUCAUAAAACUAUAACUUUUCGUGCUUAAAGUGAAAUUUAGCAUCUGUUGCCAGCGUCCUGAGAAGGAAGUAUUGAGAGCAGCGACCUCCUUGACAAGGCUCCGAAGUCCGAAGCUCCGAACCCACCUCAUCUGCAUCUGUGCCUGUCUGGUGCCUGCGACUCGCGCAGCGCCUGUGCUAUAACCUCUAUAGUGAGCCGUUAUAUAUUUGUGACUAGUUUGAGCCACCAAACUGCGCUACUUAGUUCGGUAGUUUCCAUUAUGGAGGCGGCCGGGCAGCGCCCAGGCUCGCCGCCACGCAACGAUCCCACCAGUAAUGCUAGUCCUGUUAAGUCUCCAGCUUACAAGGCUAGGCGUGUCGAGGAGGGUGCCGGCCGAGUUGACGUUCCAAAGCUUCCAAGGCAGCGCAACCUUUUUGGCUACUUCCAGAAGAAAGCCCAGCAACCGGAGCCAGGUCAGGGUCCUCAGGUGGAGGCUGCUGCAGCGGAUGCAUUAGCACAAGCAGGCGCAGCACCAGCAGUGCCUGUAGAGGCCCAUAGCACCCUCGUGGAAACCAUUGACUUGGCCUCAGCGCAUGGCUCAGCUGUGGGUUCCGGACUGGCAUCUAGCGCAGAUGCCGGUGGACCCAGUGACGUACCAGCACCUGGCGGCCAUGGUUCACGCACCCAGCGUGUGCCGCGGGCCUAUGACACUGGAAUCAGCGGCGCUGGGAGCAGUGCUGGACCUGUAACACCUGCCAGUGGCAAAGGCAAGGGUGCCCGCGGCAGGGGUCGCGGCGGAGGUCGUGGCCGAGGGCGAGGCAGGGGCCGUGGCCGUGGUAGGAAAGGCAGGGGUAACGGGGCAGAAGUGGCUUCGGAGGAGGAAAAGGAGGACGGGGAGGAGAAGGAGGCUGGGGCGGAGGCUGUGAAGGAGGCUGGGGAAGAGGCUGGGGAGGAGGAGGCCGAAGAAUGGACGCUGGAGAAGCGCAAAGAGGAGGUGCAGCGCCUGAUGGCAACUGGGCAGCUUUCAGGGGUCCUAGCGGAUGAGAACGGCGGCUGGCUCAGCAUAACGCCAGAGUACACACUCCGCUGCCUCACCUGUGCUGCUCUUGGCAGCCAGGCUCGGUCGACUAAGUGGGUCCAGCCUUCGGGGGUUGAGCGUAUUGUGAUCUCCGGCGUUCACGACCACGCUCGGUCCAAGGGCCACAAGCAUGCCGUUCAGGCGCAGGCCGCACGGGGCGUGCUGGCGUCAAGGCAGGCAGUCUUCAAGGACCAGCAAAGCAAGCAGAUAGCGGACAUUUCGGUGGUCGUCUACAACCUGUGUUACACCAAGGACGCGCUGAACAAGUUCACGUCCUGGUACAAGACUGCGCACCUGUUGGGUGCGGAAUCCUUCGACAGCAUGGGGACGUACAGCAGCCGUACGUGCGCACUGGAGCUGGCGGGCUUCAUUAGCAUGGCGCUGGACGAUAACCUGGUGAAGGAGCUGGCAGAAGCCCCUGUGGUGGGCCUGAGCGUGGAUGAGUCCACCGACGUGUCCAUCCGCAAGGCGCUGCUGGUGUACGUGUCGUACGUUGACAAGAAGUACGUCACGCACAACCGCUUCCUUCAGCUGGAGGCGCUGGACGAUGGUGCGACGGGAGAAGCCCUCUUCAACACCAUCGUCAGCGUGUGCCAGGAAGCCGGCAUCAGCAUCAAGGACAAGGUGGUGAGCUUCACCAGUGACGGGCCAGCUGUCAUGACGGGUACACACUCCGGUGUCGGUGUGAGGCUCAAGGCCCUCAACCCCCGGAUGGUCCACGUCGUAUGCAUGGCACACAAGGUGGCUCUGGUCCUGGCCAACAUCUUCAAGGCCGAGCCGCGGCUGGUGGAGUACGACAAGCUGCUGUCAGCAAUCUACAACUACUUCGGCAAGUCAGCCGACCGCCGGCAGGAGUUGCAGCGGAUUGCGGCUGACCUGGGCAUGAAGAAGCUGCAGGUGCUGCGGAAACAUGACAUCCGGUGGAUGUCCCGUGCGGAUGUGGUGGCAAGGAUUAAGGAGCUGUACCCGGUGCUGCUGGACUUCUUCCGGGGCGAGACGACUGCCACUGGGAAGGACGUCUACGAGCAGCUUUGCAACGCACGGACGCUUAUCUUCACGUACGUGCUGGACCGCAUGCUGGCCUUGUACAAGGCCGUGACGCUGGAGCUGCAGAACCGUGGGACGUCCUUCCUGGUCGUGAAACGCUUGGUGGCGGGGCUGGUCUCCAUCAUGGAGCACUCCUUCACGUACCACGAAGGGGAACCCGGCAAGCAGCUUCCGCCGCAGCUGAGCCCGGAAAUCAAUGAGGUCGUGGACUCCCUUUCCACCACCGGUGGUGUGUGGAACGGCCACACCUUCAAGACCGCCAGCGGGGACAUGCGGAUGUUCACUUAUGACUUUUUCGAGGAGAAGGACACGAUUGAGCGCAUUGCCAAGCUCAUCAUCACGGACACUCGCACGCGGUUCCCUGAUGACAUCGGGGUCAUGGCGGCUUUCCAGCUUUUCCUUCCCGGCAACAUGCGCCAGGCUCGCAACCCGUACACAUAUGGCAUGAAGGAGUUUGAGGUUCUUCUGAAGCACUACGGCAAGCCGGCUGCUGAGGGCUCGGAGCCCUUCAUCGACAAGGCCAAGGCGCAGGAGGAGUUUGAGAUGUUGUUCUUCCAGUGCGUGGAGGAUGCUAGGAACGAGGAGAUGUCCGACCUGGGCAUGCAGGAAUUCUGGCAGGUGGAGCUUGACUACCUGCGCGGCCGGCGUGCGCCUAACCUGAUGAAGCUGGUCAUGACAGCGCUGGUAAUCAUGCCAGCUACGGCGGAGGUGGAGCGGGGUUUCAGCACCAUGAACGAUGUGAAGGGGGACAGCCGCAACCGGCUGGGGCUGGACACCCUGGAUGCGCUGAUGCGCAUAGCGCUGAAUGGCCCACCGCUUGAGGAGUACAAGCGGCAGCUAGUGAAGGACGUGGUGGAGCGGUGGUUUGCGGCCAAGAAGCGCUGCCCCAACCGAAGCAGCCAUGCGAGCCGGCCAACGCGUGUCAAAACGCACAAGGUGGAGGUGCUGUGGGAGGACUCCGCCGCGGGGGUUGUGAUUGCGGUCUAGUAAGCUCGUCGUACCUUGGCUCAGUUCCUGAUGACGUCUUACUAAAGCUCUUCUGCUGUACUGUCAGUUGCCAGGGCUGGGGCUUUGAUGGAGAGUUAGCUACAUGCGUUUCCGUAUUUCGUACCAAGGGAGAGUGAGUACUGAGUAGCCCCGUGUAAUGGCUUAGGCAGGAUAGGUAUAAGUUAGGGAAUGGGGGACAGAAGACAGGAAUGUGGCUGUGUUUGUUACACGUGCAAUCUCAGCAGUCAGCACGUGUUGGUGCAGCACCGUGCGCUUAUUGUUUGAGGCAUUGACGAAUAAUGGCUUGGAUCGUUGGAUGGAGACUGUGACUUGUUAGCGCUAGCCUGAGAAGUGAGAGUAUGUUUACAUGUCGCCAUGGUUGCGCGUUGCAUGUGUGGGAUGUGCCCCUUGGGUCGGAUCACGCCCGUAUGAGAGAUAUGAAGUAGCCCUAAGUAGUUUUCGAUGUCUAGGUGAAGCAUAACGCGGAGAAUGCGAUUUGCAAGAGAGAAAAGGCACGGUUUGAAGUUAUAGUGGUGUACGGGCUUGGCGCCGGCUAAUUAAAAUUUUGGCCGCUUUUGAAAAAAUUUCGUCGCCAGCCAACCGGAAAUUUACAAGGACUUUUUAACUAUUUCGUCGCUAGCGACGAAGCCCCUGGACGUAAGAUAGCAACACUGCACUGCAUGCAUGCCCAUGCAACCUGUUGUAUGCAGGAUGUCCCGCCGUACGACAAUGUACCGCAGCUGCUAGCGGAUCUAGAUCAGGCACUGUCGGCAUUGGCAGCUGCCAUCUGCGCCUCCGCCACCACUGGGAGCAGCACCAUCAGCGGCGCCGGCGCCGGCAAUCCUCCUCCCGCGGUGUCAAUGUCAAGCGGCACUGUUGCGGCCCUCAUGGGCGGCAUGCGUGAGCGAAUCACCGCUGCGCUCCCGCUGCAGGGCGUUAUGUCACGGCAGCUGCUGCCGCUGCAGCCACCGCCCGCGCAACCCUCCACGACGACGACAGCAGCCGCGACGGGGACAGUAGGCUUCCCUGGUCAGUACGUCGAAGUGGAUCCGGCUGCGCUGUUGCCGCUUGAGUCGUUGACACAAGUGGGCGACGUGUCUGCUCAGCCGUACAGUGGUCGUGCCGUACAGCAUGUGUCGUGCACAGGAGGCCCUGUGUACGGCAGUACGGGAGGGGAGGCAGGCGGGAUGGGAAGUGGAGCGCUGCUGGCGGGGGCGGUGCGGAUGAAGAGGAGCUGUUUGUCGCAAUGGCUUGCGGCUGCUGAGGGUUAAGAGUGGAUAGUGAGCGACGAGAAGUGGGAGUUAGGACAGAGGCGUGGACGUUUCGCUGAGCAAGCUCGAGUGGGAAUGUGGAACUAGCGGUGCUUUUGUCCAAGUCUCUGCUUUUGUCCAAGUUCUAUCUUCCCUCGAGGGUGACCGUGAAACCCUGCGACCCGAGGCGUUUUAGGCCCUUAACAUUUUUGCACGUUAAGGAUCCAAGAGCCCACGUUUUCACCUGUUUCGAAAAGGGGCUACUGGUUUUGCGUGCCUUGACCAGUGGCACUAAGCACAUCGAGCUCUCCAUACGUGGCAAUACAUUGAAGCCCUCGAAAGGCCCCCCAUGGAUGCGCCCCCCAUGGCGUUAUGUUCCCAUGGCAGCCGUUUCACCCU